ACGUACAUCUGCGAGCCAAAAAACUAUAUAUUCGCAAAAUGAUGAGCCGAGUCGAUCUAAUGAUACCUGCCUGUCUGAAUAUACAAUAGCUAACGACCUGAACUCAAAGCCUAUACUAAAAUCUGUAAAAAUCGAUUAUACUUGAGAUUCUUUUUUAAAAGUCGGAAAUGUUAGGAGCUAAGUACCAAGUACUUGGUAUGUAAGCUAUCAUAUGCAUUAUAAUGAUAUAGAAUAAAUUUAACCCUUUUGAUAACUUCUACCAAUCCACAAAAAUUAAGCUAGAGAAUUGGGUCUGGGUAUAUACACAUAUUUAGCUGCUAUAUUUAAGCUCAGAAAAUUUCCUAAGGAUCGGACUAUAAAUACCGAAGUUAAACAAGACUUCAACAUUCCAAGGCCUGAGGCAAAGGCCAGCACCAACGGGCAACGGGCAACGGGCAACUGGCAACAACAGAGAACAACGUCAGUCAGGGAGGCAACCCUAAUGGGCGGUUGCGCAACCAACAACAGCAACAACAACUGGCCACAAUAGCGGCAGCAGCAGCAGCAGCAGGAGCUGCGGUAACAGGAGGCAUCGCCAACGUGUUACGAUGUCAACGUAAUGAAAACAAAACACAAAACUUGCAUUUCCGUUGCCGCUGCCACUGCGCGUAGUGAAAAAAUGAAGUCCGUCAUCCUUUAUCCAUAUGGACCGCUAACUGGCGGCGCUCGCUGCUGUCGCAUGUUGCAUGCCAAAAAUUUGGCCAUAACAAGCGCAAUUUACACAAUUAAUAUAUCGCUCUUAAUCGUCCUGAUCUAUUCGUGGCGCAUCAAUGUUAACAUGCACAAAUCUGCCGAGCUACAGGAUGUCUACUACGGUGUGCAAAUUGCAUAUUUUGCCAUAAUUGGCACACAAAUGUCGAUGAUAUUGUUAAGCAUCGUGUUGAUAUUUGGCAUCUGUCGGGAAAACCCCGGCCUAAUUGUACCCUGGAUAAUUGGCUAUAUUACGUUUAUGGCCUUAGAAGCUGUCGCCAUGGUUUAUUCGAAUGUAUUGCGUGAUCAUGUGAAUAAGCAAUUCGAUGCCAUGUGCAAAGCGGAGGUGGCAUUUUUUAUAGCACGCGCUUUUAUCAAUGUGCUUGCCAUGUGGGGCGUAUUACGUUUCUAUAAUCUGGUGCGUUCGGGCAUCACCUGGCGCGGACCGGAGGCCAAGACCACGAUCUUCGCGCCCAUGUACAAGAGCGUGAGCACCCACAGCAAAUCCUCGGUGGUCCAUUUGGAGGGUAAACGUGCCAAGCAGCGCCAACGGCAGCGCCGCUACAGCGUCGAGGCGGAGACCGGCUGCUGCGCCAUUUUCGACUUUGACUUUGACUACGAUGACGACGAUGAGGAGGAGGAUGUGGAGGACGAUGCGGUGGGCUACGAUUAUGACGACUACUAUGACUACUAUGAGGACGAGGAUGAGCAGCAGCUGGAGCUGGAGCUGGAACAGCAGGAGGAUGCGGACUGCAGCAUGCUGGGUGCGAGUGCAUCCAAGUCGCGCACCCGAACGGCAGCGGUUCGUGUGAAGGGUCAGCGCCAGCGGCGUAACAACAACAACAUACGCAGCGUGCUGAUCAAUAAGCGGCACAACAAAUACAAGAUCAGCCGGCCGCAGACUCAGCUCGAGGUCAUCAACGAGUCGGAACGCAGUGCGGGCAGCGGCAGCGACGAGAACGACUCUCUGCUGGUGGCCUAUGACAGCAGCUCGUCGCUGGCGUCGGUUUGACAUUGGCCGCCAUGCCACAAUGGAACUGCAGCAAAUGGGAGCCGGAGCCAGGCAAUGCCACCAGCUGAUGACAGCAGCGGGAGCGGGAGCACAAGCGGAAGCGAUACCAACAGCAGCAGCAGCAGCAGCGAGGACGACGACAGUCGCGAGCAUCUGCAGCCUGGAGCGCGGCUCUCUGGCAAAAGUUGUGGUCAGCGUCAGCGUAAACGCCGACGUUCACUGCGACGCGUCUACUGCGCUGUAAAUGUGUCCAUAAUGGGUAUAUUGGUGGCCGUGGAGAUAUACGCACAGCUGGCCAUAUUUCUAUAGGUAGAUCAAAUCGCUUGAGGUCCUCCCAACAAAGAAGGCACAGCGAUCAGCACGUGACAAAUAAAUGUAAUAGGUAUCAAACUUCAAAAAUGAAUAACCAUUUAAAAUAUAAAAACAUAAUAUAUAAAGCAAACAUUUGAGAAGAUAUGCAAAUUAACAGCAGACUUGACCUUUAUUAAAUAAAGACAGCGAGCGGGGAAAAACAAAGAUGCAAGAAAAGAAAAAGAAAAUUCAAGUGUAGCUAAUUUCCAUUGCAAAUAAGUUAAUCUCCACAUAGUCCAAGACCUAAUCUAAUCUAAGCUAAUAUUAAAAGGCUGCCAAGCCAAAAUAGGAUUAGUUUGAUUCACGAUUUGAACCAGCUUUCUGCGGCAGUGAAAUGUGUUUGGAAGGGGGGUUUUGCUUUGUCAAACAUUUUCGAACUUAACACAAUUAAAUUUUUUUACUUUCAGUUGCCCGUUGUGCUGAAAAUAUUGCAAUCUCUAAAUAUUUUCAUAAACAAGUUGCGGGCUAAAUUAGAUAUUUUCUCAAAAAUUGUCAUUGGGUCAACCACAAAAUAAAUUUAUUUUCUAGAAAACUGGGUUUCAGUUCGUUUGCUUUAAUGUAAAGAAAUACAUUGCAGUUACAGCCUUGAUAUAUAAGAUAUUACAAAUACAUUUUAAGAUCAUUUAUCAAAAAUAAACCAUAAGAUUAUUAAAAAUAAAAAUAAGUAGGAAGUAGACAGGGAUCUCAAGUAUUGCAAACUUUAGUAUUAGGGCAAAUUCUCAACUUAAGCGGAAAGAAACAAUAUCAAAAUGUGAACGGGUUAAGGAAGAGUGAAGCGGAACCGAUUUACUAGAAAAAAAAGACCAUUAUCUAAAGAUUAUUUUCAUGUUGAGCCAUAAUAAUACAGUUUUCAAACUCUCAUAACUGAGACUCGCAAUUUACUCACAAUUUUUGUUUUAAUGGAGUGAAGAGCUUUUCGGUAAAAUAUCUAUUGCAUUAAAUAAGAUAAGCAACUUUCUCUCUAUCAAAAUAGUAUAUAAAUAUAAGUGUAUUUGCGAUGUUAAGAUCAGAUAAAAGUUAUUAAGGAAAAUACUUAAUACAUAAUUAUCGCACAUUUGGCUCUUAUCGUUGAGUCACGUACAAAAGCAAGGCAAACUUUAAUUUAUUUUUUUUUUUUUUGAGGCUAGCCAGAAACAAAGCUUUAAAAACUAACAUUGAUGUCCGAAGGGAUAAGGCAAAGCUAAAAUUAAAUAUUUGAAUUGCCUGAGUGCGUUAAAAAUAUUAAUUGUAAAUAAACAAAUAAAAAAAAAAAACGAAUAACAAAUCAGCCAGUUCAUAUUUAUUAUCAAAAAAAAUAAUAAAAAUAGAAAACAAUAUUCAUAUCGCUAAUUGUAUUAUUAUUGUACAUAAUAUACAUAUAUAUACAUAUAUAUAUUUAAGUAUAUACUUGCUAAAAGUACAGUUGCGCCAAAAACAAAAGCUAAUCAAUUGAAUGUGUGUUAAUGUAUACCCGAAAUCAAACCAAAAACUGAAUAAACACUUGAUAUUUGUGCAAA